ACAAAAAAAUAAAAAAAUUCACCAACACUACUCCUCCUUCCCCUUUUCUCUCUCAUUCACCACCACCCGCUAUGGAUACCCUCCUCCACCCUCCACCAACAAGUUCCUCAAGUUCCGUGGCCAAACGCCCUUGCUCUUCUUCGUCUCAAAACCCUAGGUUUCCUUCUCACUUCUCUCAAAUGGACCAUCUUCUCCACUCUUUCCUUUCCCUCGCUGAUUCCUCUCCUCCUAUUUCCCUCGACCUUUCCUUCGACCGCCUCCUCGACUCCUCUCCUUCAGACGCUGAUCAAUCUCUUCUCAUCGAUCGGGCUCACAAGCUAGGUUCCUUCCUCCUCCGUGCUGCCAAUCGCUCCGCUCGAAAACGUGCUUCGUUUCAUAACUCCAUCGCCUGGGCCCUCCCUCCUGAUCUCACCAUCAAGGUGUUUUCGAUGCUGGAUUCGCAGAGUCUUUGCUACGCCGCGGCAACGUGUUCGAUGUUUAACAAGUGUGCCAUGGAUCCUUUGUGCUAUGCCAAUAUUGACCUCACUACUGUCGUGCCGAAGGUUAAUAAUGCCGUUGUGUCCACCAUGAUCCAACGAGCAGGAAAAUCACUCCAAUCUCUUAAGCUCGGUAUAGUGCCUGGCCCAACCACGUCUCCUGGUUCCUGUCAACCAUUGGUUUAUACUAUCAGGAACUCUGUAGAUGUAUCUAGCUUUUCGUGGAAUGAUAAAAGGACCAGGCAAGGGAAGGAAUCAUCUAUUCUUACAAGGUCCUGCUUAUACCCGUUAAGUGGGGACAAUGGUGCCACUGGGACUCUUUUGAGGAGGUUGCAUCUUUACAAUAUUGAAAGAAUGGACAAUGCGUCACUUUGUGUGGCAUUAACAGCCUGUCCUUCUUUACUUGAUUUGGAAAUUGUUGGCCUUCACGUCGAGCUGAGGCAAACUUUGAUGUCAGUGAGCUCAAAUUGUCGCUUAAUAGAGCGUUUAUUCUUUGAGUCUUCCAAAACAGGGAGGGAUGACAGCUUGAAAUCACCAACUUGUGUUGAUUUAGUGAACAAUUGUCCUAAUCUUUCUUCUUUGUCGCUGAGAGGUUUUAAACUGCAUGAUUAUAAAGUUCGCAUACUUGUUAAGGGAUUCCGUAAACUUAAAUAUGCUGAUUUUUCAACAUCGUACUCUAUCACUGGAACCUUUUUGAGGAAUUUGGGAAGUGGUGGUGGUGGGAAUCUACUAGAGGUUUUAAUUUUAAGGGACUGCAUGCAUCUCAAAGAGGUAGAAGUUGCUCGGUUCUUGACAGCAGUUGUUGCAGGAGAUUUUAAGUUCCUUACACAUCUUGACAUAUCUAAUAGGGAAGGUUUAGCUUCAGAAGGUGACUGGUAUCAGAGAUCUUACAACUCCAGCAUUAUUCCUUUAAAGCAGGUUUUGGAAGUAAGACCCAAUAUUUGUUUGCUGGCUGAGUUUCCAUCAGAAGGAUGCUUCAUUGACAUAGACCACAUGAUUGAUAGUGAUAUUAACAGUGAGGUCAGCCUGCCAUCCCAGCUGAGUAGUCAUACAUCUGAUGGUUCAUUGCUUAUGAGUUCAUCAGAGAGCAGCUAUAAUAGUGAUCAGGGCAGCGGUAAUGAGGAGUAUCAAGAUUCAGGUUAUGUAAUUUACGAAGAAAGCUCAGAUGAGGUGGAUUUUCUGGUUGUCUAGAAGAGCUGCCAGGCUAUGCAAGUAUUGAAACUUGCAGCCACUAAAUGAAGCGAUAUUAGAAGGGACGCCUUUUCAGAGUGGAAGCUUGAAUUGAAGAGAGGUGGAUGAAUUGAAUUAUCAACGGCAUUGUAGUUUCUAUAUGGUUCUCAUUUAUGAUAAUUUGAUGCUGCUGUCAUAUCCGAGGUCAGUUUACCAUGUGGGGGCCUUUCUUCUGCUUCACUGAAAUUGUUCUGAUAAUGGACAAGCCUGUGGGGAACCUUUUUUUUCCCUAUCCCCGUUAUCUAGCAGCUAUAUGUGUAGAUCAUGCAAGUGGCAGCCGAUGCUUCAAGCUCUCGCUAUUGUAAUUUGUAUUGAGUGGCCUUUGCUGAAAUCUUUGUUUUGCCAAUCGCCAAUCGCAAUUGUAGCUUAUGUAAUGUGCAAGCAAAUUUGAUUGGAGAAAUCUGGCUAUUCUCACUGUUGCAACGAUUUUAUCCAAUUGGUCAGGCUCUAAUUAUUUC